AUGCCAGUGGCUUCCUCGCAGGCGAUUUGGCAGCUCUUGUCGGAGAAUGAUGAAGCUGCUCGCCACCUAGGAGUGGGCCUCGCCCAGCACAAUGGCAUCCGCACGCGGGCACUGAGCGCGACCAAAGACUUUCAGCAGGACGAAGUCAUCUUGGCCAGCGACUCCACUCGCGUGAUCCGUGCGGCAGACCUGCAGGGAAGGCGCUUCGAGGGCUGUCCAGACGACGCCUGCCGCCUUGCGCUUCAUGUGGCGGAACGUGCCAAGACGGGUCGCGAUUCCUUUUGGACGAAAGCCCUGGCAGCAUACCCAUCCUUCAGCGAGUUCGAGGCAUUGGGAAUGCCCUUGGCAGCCUCUGAAAGGGCUUUGGCAGUCUUGAACCAGGUGCCCGACUUCCAAGCUUUGGCCACUUCUGUGCGUCAGACUCGGGGUGCCAUGCUCUCCGCCCUUGAGAGCUACAACCGUCAUUCCACGACACAGUUGAACUUUGCUGAUGCCUUGUGGGGCCGACUGGUGGUGGACAGUGGGCUGGGAGAUGUACGGUGCGGACCGCACGUGGCACCGGUGUUGGAUUGGGUGAACCACAGCACGAAGCCAAACGUCCGAUAUGAAUGCCAUGACGGUCGGGUGACGCUUCAAGCUUUGCGGCGCAUCCGCACGGGUGAGGAGCUGCAGGCAAGCUACAACCAGUUGGGACCGAUGGCCAACUUCGCUCGGUAUGGCAUCAUCGAAGACCCGGGUGAGGCAAAGCCCCUCAGCCCGUCGAGCUGCACGCGCUUGCAGAUUGUAAGUCUGGACAAAGAGCCAGUGCUUCGAGCAGCCAGCAAGUUCGCACAGAUCCAUUGUGGUGACAUCGGGGCCCGGCAGCCUGCUGCCAGUGCCACUGCCACUGCCUCAACACCGACUGGAGCAGCACCACCCGUGCCGAAACCGGAGCCGGCGAUGGAGACCGUGCCGCCCAAAAUGGGAAAGUUGGAGUUGAGCAUUCAGCCUUUGACCCAGAUUCCGGGUGUCUCCAACCUUCUCUUCGGCCCGCGGCCCUUCGUCCCCCUGAGCCCAUCCGCCUGGGACUGGGCGGCUCCAACCGCCCUAGCGCAGCCACCCGCUCCGCUGCUGGCGCUGCUCCCGCUCCCGAGCUUGGCGCCUGCUCGGCAGAAGAGGACACAUUUGUUGGGCUUCUUGGUCGAGGUGGAUUCCAAGCUUCUGAGCCGGAACAAGCGCCAAGCCUCAAGGAUCAAAACCGCCUAUUUCGAGAUGGAAGCCGCCGAUCCACAGGAUGAUGAUGAAGAUGGCGAAGGUCAAGGGUCUAACACGGUCCAAGUUAGGUGCCGCAAGACGGUGCUGUUGAUGAACUCCAGCCUAAGCUGCCUGCUGAUCCCGCGACGUCGACGCCAACACAUUUGGCUCACGCCUCACGAGCUGGAGAUACGCUUGCCCGAGGAGCAAGGACACUUGGUGACGAACCACACGAACCAUAACUCCACGAGCGCCGCGGCACUUCGGAGGGUCUGGAACUUUCAAGUCCACGGCACUUCUCCACGGCUCCAACACCCCUGCGGAGUCCUGGACUUUGAAAUCUCCAUGGGGCGUCUCACAUUCCACUCCUUCUGGAAGUUGGCUUUGCUGGGCACUGGCCAUGAUGCCUUCGAGCGGCCCUACGAAGAACAGCCUGGCCAAUGGACGCUGGCCGUCUCUGCCUGCUUUGGGCAGUUGAGCAGCUUUGAAGAGCGAACCAGCCGUUUGCUGCAGCAGAAAGCCUUAAGGCCCUUCCUGGUGCCCUCGUCCAGACCCAGCCUGUCCCGCGCUCGACGCAAGAGUGCUCCACGCAGCCUGGGCGGCCUGGCACGUGGAGAGGUGGUGGUGAAGCCCGAGUUCCUGCAGCCUUCUGAGGUGAGUCGGCUGGCCGCGUGGGAGGAGCGUUGCGCUUUCAGCGUGGAACGCAGUGAGGAGAAGAAUGAAGGUGAGCAUUGCUUGGCCCAAGGAUGUGUGGCCUACUGUGGGCUGUGGCAGAUGGUGCAAGCUGCCAGAGAUGAUGAUUUGCAGCUCUUGUUGAACGUGACCGAUCGCGCCUCGCGCUUGGUGAACGACUUGGCAUCUGAACGGAUCUCCGCCUUCGAGUUCGCUGGAAAGGUAUGGCCUCACUGGGCCACCUUUCAGCACUACCUGCCAGGCGGGAAGCAUAUUCUUCAUCCUGACACGGACAAGGGUGAGCAUUGCAUGUCCCUGGCGGUGUCCUUCUCCACUCAUGGCGUGGACUUCACUGGUGGCGAGAUCAAGAUCUACGAGUGCCCGCCCUCCGUCCCCGACUGCGGCAACCGUGGGCGCUCACGCACGCACGUGCCCAAAGAGCGGGGGCCCUUUGCACGGAAACUGCUCAACGGGACACUGUUGCCCUUGAGAGCCGGGGAGUGGCUUUGGGACGGCGAGCCAGAAGCUGCCUACCACGUCCGGCAGCUGUUGCGACCGGCCAGUGGCACUGCCAUGGUCUGGCUCAGCGAGACGGUCCACCAGGUGGAGCCAGUCCAAGGAGGACACCGGAAGAGCUUAUUCUACUGGUUCACUUGCAAGGAGCCGUUGCAGGAUGCCGCUUUUGAUUGGACCGGGCUGGCCCAGCGCCUCCGAGAUCCGACCGCCGCCCGGGAAAAGAGGAGCGGAGCUCGGCCGCCGAGAGAGGGACAGGCGAACUGCGCGGGCCUGUCGGAGACGUGGAGACGUGUUCGCCUUCGUGGGUUGAUCGGAUGUCAAGGUGGCGAAGAAGAUGGCCAGGGUUGGCCCAAAAAGUCGCAGGGCCCAGCUGAAGUUGGGAAGCUGCUUCGGGCCCAGUGGAUAUGGCACGGCCGCAGGUGA